GAGGUAAAUAAAAAAAAAAGUGAAGAAACAUAGAUGUAAAUAAGCAGCUACCCACUCCCACCAUUCUCACUUUGCCUCCUUAUUACCCGUCUUGGAUCCCUCUCUAUUUGCCCACACUAAAAGAAAAAAAAAAAAAAAAUCAAAAGCCCUCUCUUUAAUGAAAGAGAGAGCUAGAUCUGCUACUCUUUUACUAUUUUAUUAUUAUCUCCUUGCUUUGUUUUUUAUGGCUUUACUCACUUUCUUACCGGAGCCGGCGGCAGAGCCCACGAAACAACAACCGUCGACCAAGCGCAGAAGAAAGCAGAAAAAGCAACCGUCUUCAUGGGACCAAAUCAAGAACUUGCUCACUUGCAAACAGAUCGAAGGCUCAAAAGUUCACGACCCUUCAAAGAAUAACCCUCCUCAGCAUCAUGGGUACUCAAAACUUGGUUCCUCUUGCAACUCUAUCUGCAGCUUCAGGGACGUCGUUCAUAGCAACACGAAGGUUGUUCACAGAGCUGAUAACUCACCUGAGAGUAGCACAGUGGAUCAAGAAACUGGGUUACUCAGACGCAAAGCUGCAAAUGGCUCGUCAAGUCGGUCGUUGUCAGGGUCAACAAGAUCCAACAGCAGCUCAACGUACACGACGUCAUCUUCAUCAAGAGCUAUGCAAUUCAGGAAGCUUUCUGGUUGUUAUGAGUGUCACAUGAUCGUUGACCCCAGCAGGCAUCCAUCCUCAAGAACAACUAUCUGUGCCUGCUCACAGUGCGGAGAGGUCUUCCCAAAGAUUGAAAGCUUGGAGCUUCAUCAAGCUGUCCGUCAUGCAGUUUCGGAGUUGGGCCCAGAAGAUUCGGGCAGAAAUAUUGUGGAAAUUAUCUUCAAAUCAAGCUGGCUAAAGAAGGAUAAUCCAAUCUGUAAGAUCGAACGCAUAUUAAAAGUCCACAACACACAGCGGACCAUCCAACGGUUCGAGGACUGCCGCGACGCGGUGAAGACACGUGCAGUCAAUGGCACGAGAAAAAACCCCAGGUUGGCAGCUGACGGUAACGAGCUCCUCCGUUUCCACUGCACUACCUUGUCGUGCUCCCUCGGCGCCCGUGGUUCGUCCAGCUUGUGCGGCUCCGUCCCGGGUUGCGGUGUCUGCACCAUAAUCAGACAUGGGUUCCAAAACAAAGGUGGAACCGCUGGGGCCGCAGAAUUCAAAGGUGUCCGCACUACGGCUAGUAGCGGUAGGGCCCACGACUCACUUAAAUGUACGGACGGGCGUAGGGCAAUGCUGGUUUGCCGUGUGAUCGCGGGAAGGGUGAAGCCAGUGACGGAGGAUGCGCCGUUGGAGGAGGAUAAUAGCAGCUCAUCGGUUGGCUCGUACGAUUCGCUAGCUGCGUACGCCGGGGCCUACUCCAAUCUCGAGGAGUUGGUUGUCUUUAAUCCAAGGGCUAUCCUUCCUUGUUUCGUAGUCAUCUACAAAGCCCUUGAAUCUUGACUCCUUUGAAGUCAAAUAUCUUCGUUUUCAUAGAAUUAAAAUCAAGCGAUCCACGUUAACUGUGUACAUAAAUGUUGAUCUACGUUGUUCCGAGAUCAAAUCUUCCCUCCUUCCAUUUUUUUAAAAUUAAUUUUAAAUUUUAACGUUGCUAGCUCAACUGCAAGCGUGGCUGAUAAAUCUGAUAGGCCAAAUUAAAUAUUUGAUUGUUACAUAAAAAUUUAAUUUUGUUGGUAA